GAACCAUUUUUCUAGUAAGUAUUACUAUAAAGUCGACGAUAAUAAUUUUACAUGCAUACUGCCACUACUAUUUUUCGGUUCGAAACCAUAAAAAGAUACAGAUAAGACCGAAAGUGAAAUUAGAAUUUUCGCGAGAAAAUUCCUCUCCGCACUUUAAUCGCGAUUAAGAAGGUUAAAUUCUCACAAGAGGGAUGUUCUGAAAAUGUCCGAAAGUUCACGGGUAAGUUGCUCCUGCGGGAUCCUGCGUCUCUGAAAGCGACUUUAUCACAGAGGCGGGAAAAGGGAGAGAAGGAAAAAAACAUACUCGUUCUCACAACGUGAAAUAAUGUGUCGGGGGGAGGAUUUUUACCGAGCUCGCUCGUUACCCGAGGCGGAAUUACUCUAAAAGUAGGUAGCCACCGGCCGCGUACCCGCGCCGCCAAUUACGCCGGGGCGACUACGACUAUAUAGAAGAGCCACGCCGACUCCGCCGGCUGAUUUCUGCGAGUAGACUCGACGCGACCAUCCGCGCACAUCUCACCGUGCAACAGCCAUGAGACUACCAAUUCUCCUUGUCGCACUGCUGUCGACCGCGUGGGCGCAGACGAGGAACGCGGAGAGGCCGGCUCGCGCGCCUCAGGGGCAAGUCAAGUACGACGAUGCCGACGGCUCGAGGAUCAACUGGAAGUACGUGGCGCCUCAGAAUCAGUGGCGGUCGCACUUGGCGGGUGGGAACAUACAGCGGUCUCAGCGUGGCGAGGAUGGUUCGGUCCAACGGGCCCGGCAGGCCCAGCAGCGAGCUCCGCAGCACCCCCAGCAGCACCCCCAGCAGCACCCCCAACAGCAGCAGGACCAUACGCACCAUCUCCAGGCGAUUCCGCAGGCGAUCCAGAACCAGCAGUUCUACAAACCGUACUCGGAGGUGCCCGGUCACAUCAGGCAGCUGAUCGAGAAGACUUAUCAGCCGCAGCCGCCCUACGUCGACCCCACGUCCUUCCUCUACAGCUCCAGCUUCGUCGCGCCGCAGCAACACGAGCAGCAACCGACGCACGCCGCCUCCGAGCUACCUCGUGCCGCCUACCUGCAGCCCUCGGCGAGAUACCAGUCGAUCGACCCGCGGAAUCGGCCGCAGGCCUCCCAGCUGGAGUACAGCGACAGGAGGGUGGAGCGUCGGGACGGGGUCGUCUACAGGGACGAUUACGAGCAGCAACAGCAGCAGCAGCAGGUAGCUGCGCCGCCGGCGGGAACCUUGCCGGAGCCGCCGUUGCCCACGAUAUACCUCGACCGGAACAUGCCGAGCGAGCUGAAGCAGCUACUGCAAUACCAGGCGCAGAUACCGUACGACGUUACGGCGAAUCGCAUCCAGUACACGCCGAAGAGCCUCUUCAUCCCGAAGCCGUUGUCCGACGACGCGAAGGGGCAGUAUUAUUAUCGGAGCAAGGUCUACUACACGGACGACGAGAACGCCGAUGCGGAAUAUCCGCAGAACAAGCCGGUCGAUGAGGAACAGCGCCAUUGAUGGAUACGACCAUGUGUAUUACCACGCGGUUUUUAAUAUAGAUUAAUAAUAAUCUUAUUUACCGGUAAGCUUUUCCGAGAGAGAAGUAGAGAGAGAGAGAGACGGCUCUGGCUGGUUCACCUUCGGGACUCGCUCGAGCUGAACGCGAUUUUCGCGAGAGCGGAAGUGGCCCUCAGCUCCCAAGCGUCAUCACAGCGGCGCCGAGGCGAGCGUCUCGCGCGCCUUAAAUUAUUACAACGCUUGUUGACGUUACUUCAAUGACGUUAUAUGAUACUUCGUAUUAGCGUGUACUUUUACGAUAGGAGCGCGUUACUAGUUAAGGGAGUGCGGUUCGUUCGGAGGACACGGUCUGAUCGGGGAAAAUUGAUCGAAUGGAGAACCGAUCGGAGAUGUCAGGUAGAAUUGUUGAUGGGAAUUGAUGGGAGAAUUGGAAGAACUGGAGGAAUGACAAGAAUUGUAAUAUAGGCGAAUUAAUAGAUAUUAAUAGAAUUUUGAUAUUGAUAAAUUUGUGGGGAGGGAGAAAGAAAGGGAGAAAGAGAAGUUGCGAGCCUGAGAGUUCUUUUCUCGAUCAAUUUUCUACUUCCGCCGAAUUGCGUUCGACCAGUUUAUCGUCCGGUAUUAGAUGGAAUACCUGCGCGGUAGCGCGAAGGAUGUACCUAAUAUUUUAUACACAAAAUAAAUCGUUUCUGCUUCUCGCA